AUGAUUUUGUUUGUGAUUUUAAAUAUUUUAAAAGAAAUUGCUGCAUUCCAGCCGGAAUUCGUUGAAAGCAUAUCGAAUGUCUCGGUACCAGUGGGUCGUGAUGCCACAUUCACAUGCCAUGUGCGACAUUUGGGCGGUUAUAGGGUUGGUUGGCUCAAAGCUGAUACGAAAGCCAUUCAGGCCAUACACGAGAAUGUCAUAACCCAUAAUUCCCGUGUGACAGUCAGUCAUUUGGAUCAGAAUACAUGGAAUUUACAUAUACGAGCAGUAACCGAAGAGGAUCGCGGUGGCUAUAUGUGUCAAUUGAAUACGGAUCCCAUGAAGAGUCAGAUCGGCUACCUAGAUGUCGUUAUACCACCCGAUUUUGUAACGGAAGAUACAUCAUCUGAUGUCAUUGUACCCGAGGGAAGUGCAGUUCGGCUGACAUGUAGGUAA